CCUGUAUAUUUCGAAAUGUCCUCCCGUAUCCAUACAUAUAUAGAGAGAGACCUUCUAAGAGCAACCGUAGUAAAGGAAAGAAGAACUACAGGCAAUUCAACGAUAUCAACGUUUAGAGGCGAUUAUACGUUAAAUACCAAUUGUAUCGAAAUUCCGUUAGUCAAUCAAACUAUGUUCGGAUACAUCGUUUUGGUCACAAUGGCGGCCGUGUCCGUGUGCACACGCGCUAACCCAGUCACAUCAACGACAUCGUCAACGACAACAACAGCACCAUCACCGACACCAGUGGUUUCAUCAUCAGUACCAGUGGCAGAAAACUCAUCACAGCCAAGUAUACAGAACGCUGCUGUUUUCCUGUGUGCGGACCUUGUCUAUCAGAGUGAGCUAUUAGCACUAUUCCCUCCAGCGGAUAUCUCGGUGCACAACAUAAUAAAUGAAACUAAAGCUAAAGAAUACCAUGACAGAAGUUUGGACUUUUUUUGUGAAAAUGACAAACUUGACACUUAUGUGUCUUGCGUCAAUAUUUUAACAAUGUUCAAAUUCAAUGCUAUUGACAAACAGAUUGCUGAGUACAUAGAUAUGAGCAAAUUUGGAUCGGCAAUGAAGACUUAUUGUAACAGUAAGGAACUUAUCAAACAAAAUUACAUGUGUGUCCUUGAAACUGUACGAAGUCGUUCAAUUCCCUGUCAGUUGGGGGGAAUGUAUGGACUGAACCAGGGUGUUGAGAUGGGUUUGAGACUUGGACUCAGCAAGGAAGUCUAUUGUUCAAUCCGUUCUGCUGCUAUAUCAUGUAGAAGUGAUCAGUUUGCAAGGUGUAACGGCGACCUUGCGAGGGAAAUGGAGUCCGUUUAUAAUGACCUUUCAGCCGAACGUUGUUUGUGAGCUCAAAAUUGUUAUUGAAUUUGAAUUUUGUAAUGUAUUUUGUUUUCUUUAAAUAAAAGAACACCAAUGCAUGUAUAUUUAAAUAACUAGAUAAUUUGAGAACGAUAUAUGGACGAUAUUGCAUUUUUCUAUCAAUUUACUUAACUAAUAAAUGAAAUACUAAUGAAAAAACAGCGUUUCUAUAACAUUAUAUUUUAUUUAGACGCUCAUUCCUUUCUAAUUGACCUAUCCUAUUUUAGAAUGCUCAACAGUAUACGUGUAUUAUCAUAAAUUAUUUCAUAUUUAUACAUAUAGUUUUUUGGAUCAAAUUAAAUGUUUUGAUAAUCCAUUAAUGUGUUUCUUUUGUUAUUGCAUUCUAUAAAAAAAAAUAACAUAAACAAACUAGUGAAAAAGCAUUUUGUGGAGUCUGGAGUCCCGCAAUUUAGGACUUCUUUAAUAUCAGUCUGACAGGGUUUGAAAAUAAUAACUGUGGCUACGUACUGUGACUGUAUAUGAUUGCAACGUAACUUGGAAAAGUCACUAUCUGUUUUAUUCCGAUGCCUUCGUUAAAGUUAAGUUUUCUGAUUACUUUUGGGAUAAGUUUGAGGUUUUAUUUCCGUUUAAUUACCGCAAUUCCUACAUAGACUUUCGCUUUGCUUUCGCUGACCAAUUAAGUUCAGUAACCCUCUGACGAAUUACUGAAAUCACUGUUAACGGUGUGUGCUGUAUUUAUCUUUCUUUCUUAAACUUUAACAACACGUGUCAUGUUUUUAUAUUUGUCAUUUGGACAUAACAGACAGGGUUAAUAGCUAUUUUUAUUGAUCAUACUUGG